AACAUUACGCAUCAAACUAUGCUUUAAAUGUUUAUGUGUUUCGAUACUCAAUGGUAUAAAUGUGUGUAAUAUUUGACAGCACUGUAUGUGUUAAGUGAAUGUAAAGUAUGGGAGUAUUAGUGUUAUUGUCGACCAAUCAAUCAUAACAUGACUCACAACUGAUUGUUAUUAACUAUAAUUGUCAACACAUUUACCGAAGUGGUCACUCAUUUAGUUGUUUUCUUAUCAAUUAAAGUCAUUGUUUUGCCGAUUCAAAGUUAUCAAAACAUAUAACCAAUUGAUAUACCACUUGAAAACAUUAGUGUGAAGACAGUGGACAAUGAGUCACUACAAGGGAUACCAGUCAACACUCGGCGGCGAUGAACGCAAUGAAUGGUCGCGAUUGUCGCAAUCAGUGGCCGCUAACGUCCAGAAGAUAUCACAAAAUGUGAAUCAAAUGCAGCGAAUGGUUAAUCAAUUGGGGACAUCUCAAGACAAUGAGAGUCUCAGAACUAAUUUACAUGAAGUGCAACACUAUACUAAUCAAUUGGCCAGAGAUACGAAUAAUUCAUUGAAAGAAUUGGCACAAUUGCCACAACCGACAAAUGUAUCGGAACAGAAACAAAGAAGAAUGCUUAAAGAGAGACUAACGAGUGAUUUCUCUGAAGCGCUGAAGAACUUUCAGGUUAUACAGAGAACUGCCGCUCAAAAAGAGAAGGAGAGUGUAAUCAGAGCCCGGGCUAACUCUGGACUCAAUUCUAAUAAUGUUUGGGACGAUCACUCAACCAAAGGAGCAUCAAAUCUAAUUGAUUUGCAGAGUCCACAAUCGCAAACACAAAUUCAUAUGGAAGAAGAAUGUGAUUUAGAGUUAUUAAGAGAUAGAGAGCAACAAAUCCGCAAAAUUGAAGGCGAUAUCGUGGAAGUGAAUCAAAUAUUUAAAGAUUUAGCGACAAUGGUUCACGACCAGGGUGAAGUUAUCGAUAGUAUAGAAGCUAAUGUUGAAACGGCUUCAAUACAGGUUCACGAGGGAACCGCACAACUGGCAAAAGCCAGGGACUAUCAGAGUAAAGCUCGUCGAAAGACUUGUUUGUUGAGUACAAUACUUGCAUCAGUGGUUCUCCUAAUUCUGUUUAUAUUAUGGUUAUCCCGAUAAUAAUGACUAUUAAGAUGACAUUCCUUCACAUCCACACCACAGUAACCGUUGUAACAAAUGGUCUACUUUUUGAAUAAUCUUAUUAACAAUUGCUCCCAAAUUKAAUUUUAAAUAUAUACUGUAGUAUGUGUUAAUUAUAAAUAAUACGGUUAUAAAUAUAUUAUAUAUGCAUUAACUGUUUAAAAUGUUAUUUUUAAUCUCAUAAAUGCACUGAUAGAACAAAUUAUUUAUCAUUUUAUUAUUACCGGUACCCUAUAUAUCAUAUUUGGUUUUAAC